AUGGACGAAAGCGAAGAGAUGAAAGGAGGUCCAGAAUGUUCUGGAGAUGUUCUCCAUGUAAGCAUGACGUCGUCAGCUAUAGCGGUGGCUGCCUAUCAACAAUCGGCAAUUGAUCCGAAUCCAAAUACAAGAAAAAAGAAACCGCCAUCGGACCAGUUCACAUUCGCUGACGUCGCCGUCGAACACAGUUUCGAGAAAUACGGAACGUUUCGAUAG